UGCUGCUGCUGCUGCUGCUGCUGCUGCUGCUGUUCGUGCCUUUUGGGUGCCGUGCAUGACAUUUUUACGUACCUUUCUGGGGCCUGCAGUUUCGCCUUCAUCUCUCUCUUCAUCCUCUUUUAUCCACCGCCAUUUCCAAAUUCUUUGUUUAUUUGCUGGGGGAGAAAGAGAGAGAGAGAGAGAACAUUGCCCCCAAAUCGAACGAACCUUCUUCUCUACUCCGUACCGCGUCUGGGUUUUGCACCUUUUCUUUUUUUUUCCGUGCUCGUCUUGCCGAUUCGCUAUCCAUCUCCGAUACGGCAACGUCCACAGUAUUUCAUACUAUCCAGACCACCUACCCACUACCGCCCCUCAACGUAUUCCCAAUAGACGCGAAAAGGAAGGGUUCGAUUCCUUCUGCAGAGUCUCAUCUUCCAUUGCAUACGUAUCUGUACGCUGCGGAGCGCUGCGCACGAGUCGGACGACUGAAACGAAACAGACACGCGCGCUCACGCUUUGGAACCACCUCGCCUACGAAUGAAUACCUUACCUGUCCAAACAAACGUACCCGCAACAACGGUUAUCGCAUCGCACCAGCAGUAGCAUCUUUCCCUUCGACACGGAGUCGAGCAACUAAGAAAAACAAACCUUGCCCUGCCAUCUAUAAUCCACCUCUGGAUCUCGACUGCAACCGCCAGACCUCUUGGGACUGCUACCUUACGUUGUAGUGUGGGUGUGCUUGUCUGUCACUGUUCGGUUUCUCUUUUUUGGCGGUUCCCAUCUCGGCUUCGCAACCCCGCCAGCCGUUC